CCAUCUUCUCUUUCUACAACCACAAAGGCAAGGCCCUGCUGCUUAGGCACCACUAGCACCGCCUUCAUCCAAGUGGCCAAGGGAAACAUCAUGGGAGGCAAAUUGAGCAGGAAGAGAAAGGGAUACGAUGUGAGUGACCCCAAACAAGUGAAGGAUGAGACUGCAGCUGCUAGUGCAGAGGAGUCUGCAAAAGUGGAGGCUGAAGCCCCACCCACAGGAGCAGGGGUCACAGCUGGGGCAGACAAUGGGACAGAGGAAGCUGUGGGGUCAGCUGUGGCAACAGUAACUGAACCUGUAAAAGCUCCAGAAGAGCCCAGAUCAGCACCUCCAGAAGAACCAGAAAAGCCUCCAUCAGUACAGGAAUCAGUUCCAGCAGCAGAGGAAGCAGCUCCAUUACUCAAAGAACCAGUUGUACCAGAAGAAAAAUCUGUUCCAGUAAUAGAGGAAACAGUCACAGCAGCAGAGGAACAAGCUCCAGUUUUAAAAGAACCAGCUAUAGUAGCUGAGGAAUCUUCUCCAAUAGUAGAGAAACCAGCCAAGCCAUCAGAGGAACCAGCUCCAGUAGUAGAAGGACCAGUUGUAGCAGAGAAAUCCUCUUCAGCCACAGAGGAGUCGGCCCCAGUACUAAAGGAACAAACUCCAUUAGAGGUCUCAGAUGCUACAGCUGCAGCAGCAGAGGAACUUUCUGCUGCAUCAUCAGAAGAACCUGUUCAAAGUGAGGUUGAACCUGAACCUGCAGCUGCACCUGAAGAACUACCUGCACAAAAACGUGUUUCUGCUAUGGAGUCAGUGCCACAACCUAUUCCAGCCAGUACAGAGGAAGCACCUGAAGAGCCAGAGCCCACCUCAGAGACUGUUACUAAGCCAGAAGCUAAUGUGGAGGAGACAGUGGUGCCUGCCGCUGUCCCUGAACCUGAGUCAGUGAUCAAAAUAGUUGCAGAGCCAGUGCUGGAGCGAAUCCCAGACCCAGAUCAAGCCCUCAAGUCAGAGCCAGAGCAAGUACUAGAGCCAGAGCAAGUACCAGAGCCAGAACUAGAGCAGGUACCAGAACCAGAGUUGCUGAAGGCACCCAAGUUUGAACCUGAACCAGAGACACUCCCAGAGCCAGAGCUAGAACAAUCACCAGAGCCAGAACCACAGCAAGUACUGGAGCCUGAGCAGGAGGCUGAUGCAGUGGAACUUGCAGUAGAGGAACAAGUUGAACCAGAACCAGUCAUAGUGCCAUCUGACAUUACUCAGCCUGAGACUGUAGAAGCAAAAGCAGAAGCACCUGAGGCAGUAGAGGAGGUCCCCGCUUAUAAGCCUGAAGAGGAAGAAUCUGUUGCAACAGAAGCCUCUACCGCUGAGGCAGCAGCUGAGCCAGAAGCAGCAGAACCUGUCCCUGAGAUUGUCAUGUCAAAGUUUAUCAGCGAAAUUACUGCAGAGUCUGAAAAGGUAGUCAAAGCAUCUGGGGAAGAGGUGCCUUCUGCAGAGCCUGAGGUAGAAAGCAAGAUGGAAAAUGGAGAGUUGGAAAGUCCUUGCGUUUUAGAGGAUGCAGCAGAAGUGGAUCCGCUUCCAGCUGUGAAUGGAGAGCACACAGAUUCUACUCCCACACCAACAAAGGAAUGUGUUAAUGGUAUUGAAAAGCCAGAGGAGACACCUACCAAGGAGCAGGGUGACUUUGAACUGAAAAAGGACAUAAACCUGAGUGGGGAUGUCCAAGAAAUCCCCGACGCAGUGUCCAACAUGGUGGAGAGUCUCAGCACGGAGGUCACCCAGGCAGUCUGAAAAGAAGCCACCUGUCAAAUCAAAAUGCAUUCAGUUUAAUCCUCUGAUGGUGUGAGAAAGCCAUCAAGGUAUCACAAACACAGCUAGGCUUUUUAAAAUGCUGUAACCACCGCAGUGUCUAUAGUGGUAACUCAGGCAAAAGGAUGUUUUGAGUAACCAAAAAUUAAAAUGCAACCACUUGAGAAUAGUAAGCAGAGGUAGACAAACAGAAAGAGAGAUCACAAGUGAGACUGGAGAUCAGAGAAGAUACUUGAGUUUGGAAUUUGGAGUGCAGAGAGACAGUGAAACC